AGUAUUGAUGGGCUACUCCCAGAAGCUUUGUUUUAAUUAAUUUUCAGAGCGCUCCUUGCAGUGGAUCAGGCAGCUCCUUCAAAGUCUCCUUCCACCCACUGCCCGUGCUCUUGUGCAGGGUCUGGGGCAGGGGGUGGGCCUGGGAGCCCCCCUGCUCCUUCGAGCCCCCAGGCUUUUGGUUAAACAGUGCAGAAGCUGUUGCUGUUUUUAAACAGGGGGGCUUCCCCCUGGGAAGAGGCCUCUGAUGGCCACAGCGUGGGCAGGUGGAUUUGUCACAGCUUUUCUCCUCCCCUUUUCAUUGACUUUCUGCUCGUUCCUGCUGCCAGGGGUCAGUGGGGCGUUGGCUGGACUUUGCCAAAAGUCCACCCCAGCCAUGAGGCUCCCAGGUGCUGACGCAGUGCCCUGCCCUGAGAUACGAGGGGACUGAACAGCAGCUUUGCAGCCCGCUCGGGUGUGUGGUGCUGAGGCUGGAACGGGGCUGUGCCAGCUCCAAAGCUUUCCCUGAGUAAGCAGGUUUGGGAACCUGAACUGCAUUUGCCCUGCGAGCAGCAAGGUGACAGCAGCAACCACAGCUCAGCGCCGAACCCGGGGUGACCUGGCUGCCAUGAAGGGACCUGUCCCCAUCCAGGACGCCAUGGCGAGCGACACGGAGCCCUCCAACACCAUCAAGCUGCUGCACCUGCUUUUCCUCUCCACCUCCUGGGGAAUGCAGGUCUGGGUGACCUUUGUGGCCGGGUUUGUGAUGAGCAGGCACCUGCCUCGCCACACCUUCGGCUCCAUCCAGCGGGAGCUCUUCCCCUACUACUUCCACAUCAGCUCCACCUGUGCCUUCCUCAACCUGACCCUGUUUGCCAUGUCCCACCCCAGCGAGAGCCUCAGCGAGGAGCACAAGACCCAGAUCAUCGUCUUCCUCGUGUGCGCGGCCGCCUCCGUGCUGAACACGCAGUGCUUCGGGCAGGUGGCCUCCGACCUGGUGGCCGAGCUGCAGCUGGUGGAGCGCAGCCACGGGCUGGGGCAGGAGCUGGGGCCGGCAGCCAGCGAGCCCCGCCGGCAGCUCCGCGCCUCCGACCCCAGCUACCGGCGGCUGGCCCGGCGCUUCGCCCUCCACCAUGCUCUGUCCUCGCUCUGCAACCUCCUGUGCAUCGUGUGCAACGGGCUGAGCCUGUGCCACCUGGCUGGCCAGCUCUCUGCCCUCUGAGGGCACUGCCAGGGGAUGGCUGGACAGUGCCCACCCCCUGCUGCCUGGCUGUAAAGCAACCCCCAGCUCCGGGCAUGAAACUGCAGCAUCCUCGCGUGGAGAGACUCGUGCUGUGUUGGAAUUUAGGAAUAGUGAAAUGCUGCAGCCAGCCUCUGAGAUCGAAGCAGGAGUGUUUUAUGGCUGAACAGCUUUCUAACGCCCCAUGCACUGGCUGUGUCUAAAGCUGCAGUGUACUCCUGCAGAAGAGAAAGAAAUGAGAGACUGAGAAUUAGUUCUAAUUAAAAGCCAAAUGCUAAUACAGAAGUGCA